UCGUGAAAAAAGAAGUUAUUGCUCUAAAGAAAGCAUUCGAAAAACUUUAUGAACAAGGAAAGACACCUCAGUUGACGUUUAUCGUUGCUCAGAAGAGACAUCAUACUAGGUUCGUGCCGGUAAACAGAAAUGAUGCUGAUCAAAAAGGAAAUUGCCGUCCAGGAACCGUUGUGGAUCAGGAGAUUGUUCAAAAAAAUCAUUUUGACUUUUUCCUUCAAUCUCAUUCUGGGAUUCAAG